AAACAACGCGUGUUGCUGGUAGCCAGCCGUGGAGUCACAUAUCGCCAUCGCCAUCUGAUGAACGACCUCGAGGCAUUGCUCCCGCAUUCGAAGAAGGAGGCCAAGAUCGAGGCCAAGAAGGAGAUGGAACUUCUGAACGAGCUGGCAGAGAUCCAGGGCUGUAACAAUGUAUUCUACUUUGAGGCCAGGAAGCACACUGAUCUGUACCUGUGGAUUGCGCGCGCGCCCUCGGGACCCAGCGUCAAGUUCCACGUGCAGAACAUCCACACGAUGGAUGAGCUGAAGAUGACCGGUAACUGCCUCAAGGGUUCGCGGCCGAUCCUGUCGUUUGACUCCAACUUCGAUACCGAGCCGCAUAUGCAGCUGCUCAAGGAAGUGCUGACGCAGACUUUUGCUGUGCCCAAGGGCGCGCGCAAGAGCAAGCCAUUCUUCGACCAUGUUUUUACCUUCAGCAUAGUCGAUGGCCGCAUUUGGUUCCGCAACUACCAAAUUGUCGAGAAGGACGCGCAGACCGGCGGUGACAUGGCCAAGGAUGAUAAGCCUACGCUGAUUGAGAUCGGGCCGCGCUUUGUGCUCAACACUAUUCGGAUCUUUGAGGGAAGCUUUGGCGGCCCUACUCUGUACGAGAACCCCAAGUACAUUUCGCCCAAUGUUAUGCGCGCCAGUGUCCGGAACCAGCAGGCUGCGAAGCACGCCGCGCGUGUUGCCGGCAACCAGGAGCGGGAGGCCAGAGUCAAGGCCAACCCGAUGCCUGUGGAUCCCCUCAAGGAUGUGUUC